UUAGAUUCAUUCUCUUGAAGUAUUAAAAUCUUUUAGAUAUUGUGAUUUUCUUGUUAAAAAUCGUAUCUUUACCCUUUCAAGUUUCAACCAAGUUGUUUAAGUUUUUCAUAAAGUUUUCUUAUAUGGAGGAUUGCUCCCUUCCUCAGGACUCAUUGUUCCUAGGUUUUGAUUGUUCCACUCAGUCACUGAAGGCAACUGUGUUAGAUGCUUAUCUUAACAUAAUUAUAUCAGAACUUGUGAACUAUGAUUCUGAGUUGCCUCACUACAAUACCAAAGGUGGAGUCUUUAGAGACCAAAUUGUUAAUGGUAGAAUUGUAUCACCAACAUUGAUGUGGGUGGAAGCAUUAGACUUAAUUCUCCACAGACUUGAAAUGUCAAAUUUGAACUUUGGAAAAAUUGCUGCUGUUUCUGGUAGUGCUCAGCAACAUGGUAGUGUUUAUUGGAAGAAUGGGAGUUUUGAAAUACUAUCAUCAUUGGAUCCUAAAAAACCACUUAUGGAUCAGUUUCUUGAUGCUUUUUCAAUCGAAAAAUCGCCCAUAUGGAUGGACUGCAGCACAACAGAACAAUGCAAAGCUAUUGAGAUAGCUGUAGGUGGUGGUCUGGAGCUGGCCAAACUUACUGGUUCUCGUGCACAUGAAAGAUAUGUCGGUCCUCAAAUUCGAAAGAUUUUUGAAACACGGCCUGAAAUUUAUCAGAAUACAGAGAGGGUAUCCUUAGUUAGUUCUUUUAUGGCAUCUUUACUUAUCGGGGGUUAUGCUUGCAUUGAUCAAACUGAUGGAGCAGGAAUGAAUCUCAUGGACAUUGAGCACAGAACUUGGUCCAAGAUAGCUCUGGAGGCUACUGCACCUGGUUUAGAGGAGAAACUUGGGAAGUUAGCUCCUGCUUAUGCUGUUGCUGGUUCUAUUGCUUCCUAUUAUGUUGAGAGGUACCACUUCAACAAAAAUUGUGUAGUCGUUCAAUGGUCUGGAGACAACCCCAACAGCUUAGCAGGGUUGAACCUUAACACUUAUGGAGAUCUGGCAAUCAGUCUUGGCACAAGUGACACUGUCUUCGGGAUUACCACUGACCAUAAACCUAGCUUAGAUGGCCAUGUAUUUCCUAAUCCAGUAGAUACCAAAAGCUUCAUGGUAAUGCUGGUCUACAAGAAUGGGUCUUUGACUCGUGAAGAUAUACGUGAUCGCUAUGCAGAUGGAUCUUGGGAGGUUUUCAAUAUGUUUUUACAGCAAACACCACCUUUGAAUGGUGGAAAGAUUGGCUUUUAUUACAAAGAGCAUGAAAUACUUCCUCCUCUUCCAGUUGGUUUCCACCGCUACAUUCUUGAUAAUUUUACGGGUGACUCCGUGGAUGGAGUAAUAGAACAUGAAGUAGAGGAGUUUGAUCCGCCUUCAGAGGUUCGAGCGUUAAUUGAGGGGCAGUUACUCUCCAUGCGAGCUCAUGCCGAGAGACUUGGAAUGCCUUCUCCACCCAAAAAGAUUAUUGCAACUGGAGGAGCAUCUGCAAAUGAUCAUAUCCUGACAAUUAUUGCUUCUAUUUUUGGGUGCAACGUCUAUACUGUCCAAAAACCAGAUUCAGCUUCCCUCGGUGCUGCCUUGAGAGCCGCUCAUGGUUUGUUGUGCAACCAGAAGGGAAAAUUUGUACCCAUCUCUGAUAUGUAUAUAAGGAAAUUGGAGGAGACAUCCUUAAGCUGCAAGCUUACGGUGCCUGCUGCAGAUCAAGACCUUAUUGACAAGUACACAUUGUUGAUGAAGAAGAGAUUGGAAAUUGAAAAUCGUCUCAUCCAAAGAUUGGGACGUUAGUAAAUUUUCACUAAGGUCAUGUACU